AGCCAGAAUCACCUUGGGUCCAGGCGCCGAGAUGGCGUCCUCCGCCUCCGCUCGCACUCCGGCGGGGAAGCGAGUGGUGAAUCAGGACGAACUGCGGCGGUUGAUGAAGGAGAAGCAGCGUCUGAGCACCAAUCGGAAACGGAUAGAAUCUCCAUUUGCGAAGUACAACCGUUUGGGGCAGCUGAGCUGUGCCCUGUGUAACACCCCGGUGAAGAGCGAGCUCCUGUGGCAGACUCACGUCCUGGGAAAGCAGCACCGUGAGAAAGUGGCCGAGCUGAAAGGCGCGAAGGAAGCCACCCAGAGUCCGUCCUCCAGCGCAGGGCCUCAGUCAGCCAAGAGGAAGGCGCCGGAUGCGGAUGGCCAGGAUGCCAAAAGACCCAAGGCCUCUCCGCUGCCUCAGGUACAGCCCUCCACAUCCGCUUUGCCCACCAGCUUUGACAGAGCAGGGAAGGAGUCCGCCAGAGCGACCCUCAGUAAGGUUUCGGGACUCGGUUUACUCCCUGAUUAUGAAGAUGAGGAAGAGGAGGAGGAAGAGGGAGGAGAAGGGAAAAGAGGGGACACUAGCAAGCAGCCGUCCGACGCACAGGGCAAGGAACACUCGCUUUCCUCCUCGAGAGAGGCAACAAGUGGUAUGCUGCCAGGCGGUUUCUCAGAUACACAUCCUCCCAAGGCCCCUUUAAUUCCUCAUUCAGGGUCAAUUGAGAAAGCAGAAAUACAUGAAAAAGUCGUGGAAAGGAGAGAAAACACAGCGGAGGCAUUACCGGAAGGCUUUUUUGACGACCCUGAGAUAGAUGCUAGGGUACGAAAGGUUGAUGCCCCAAAGGAUCAGAUGGACAAAGAGUGGGACGAAUUUCAAAAGGCCAUGAGACAGGUCAAUACCAUUUCCGAAGCCAUAGUUGCCGAAGAGGAUGAGGAGGGACGGUUGGACCGGCAAAUUGGGGAGAUCGAUGAGCAGAUAGAAUGUUACCGUCGGGUGGAAAAGCUUCGGAAUCGCCAGGAUGAAAUAAAACAUAAGCUUAAAGAGGUUCUGACUAUAAAAGAACUUCAGAAAAAGGAAGAGGAGAAUGUUGACAGCGAUGAUGAGGGAGAACUACAAGAUUUGUUGUCUCAGGAUUGGAGGGUAAAAGGGGCUUUGUUAUAGGGUUUCAAAGACCCGAGAUUUUCAUACCCUCUACAAUGGUACCAAAAGUGCUGUCUCUGGAUAGGAUACUGGUUACUUCAUGCCCUGAUAUUUGUUAACCUAACUGGGUUGUUGAGAUACAAUGAGCCUGUGAAGAUAGCACUUUUGAAAAUUGGUGUAAAAUAUUCUUGAGGUAAAGUUGUUUUUGAAAUUUUUGAACUAUUAUAUACUAAAAUGUCAACUUUUUCACACAUUUACUUAAGUGUAUAACUUUGAAUUGUCAAGUCUGUAAGCUGUAAAUAUUAUAUAUAGUUAAAUAUAUAUUUACUUAAGUAAUUCUGUUUUGAAAUUUAUAAAUAAG